AAAUGUCAAAUCUGUAAACAAGAAUUUCGUGGAUGUUUGUUUUUUAACGGAAUCCUAUGUGAAAUAAACAAUAAAUAACAGUUUGUAUUGAGUAAGAAGUUUAUUGAAGUUAUUUUAGAUGACUCUUGGACGUAAAUACCAGCAAUCUUCCGGGAAUGCUGGGGAGGCUCGUAAGGUAUAUUCUAACCAGUCGAAGGUCGGGACUCUAUCUGGUUGCUCGUCUUCUGUAUCACUGUGCGACAUGAUUGAGCCACCUGACUAUGAGGAGGUGUGUGACCGGCUCAUGGGGGAGAAGGACCCCCUGGCCUACCCAGCUGUGGACAUGGAGCUCUGCAACGUGCCCCGCCGCAUCAGAACCAUCAACCAUAUCCUGCCUGAUGAAGAUCUUGCAAAAGCCCCGAUGUUCGUCCGCGACUGCAUCCGAUCCUACACGACGGACUACACGGUGGUGGAGUACAAGUACCGCGCGUACUCGGGCUCCGCUUGCGGCCGAGAGCGGCUCAGCGAGCGCCUGGAGCGCCUGCAGGCCGGCCCUAAGCACCAUUACGAGGUGGACGCCGAGCCAACUAGUAUUGAGGAACAUCAGUCUGAAUCUCAACCAUCAAGCGGGCGCCAGUCAGUGGCGUCGAUGUCGUCCUCGUCCUCCUGCAACGAGACCCUUACUCCGCGCGGCUCGUGGGCCAGCCUCGACCUCCGGAGCUCCUCCUCAGACCCACUUCUACCGGAUCUCUUUGAAAGGAAGCCUCCGGAACAGAUUGAUGCUCUCAAUGAAGCUAGGAGGUUAGAGAACCGUCAAGCUGAUCUCCUAGGAUUAUACACUCCGUACCUGGAUGAGGAGGAAGCGGUAGAACGGAGACUGGCGGCCGAGAUGCCGAGCGAGAUCAUGGGGCACAGGAUCUUGGUGGUCUGCCAUCAGCUCAAGCUAGAACUAGACGUAGAACCUCUCUUCGCAUCCAUGGCGGUGUACGACGCGAAGGAGAAGAAGAAACUGUCGGAGAACUUCUACUUCAACCUGAACUCGGAGUGCACGCGGCAGAUGUUGUCGGCGCACGUGCCGCACGCGGACCUGUCCACGCUCAGCCGCAGCGCGGUCUUCGACCUCAUGCACCCCUCGCCCGACAUGUUCCUCGUCGUCCGCGUCGAGAAAGUCCUACAAGGCGAUGUCAACGAGUGUGUUGAGCCGUAUAUCAAGGAUGAUAAGAACCGCGAGAAGGUCCGCGCGGGCGCGGCGGCGGCGUGCGGGCGGCUGGGCAAGUACCGCAUGCCGCUGGCGUGGAGCGCGGUGUCGUUGUUGAACAUCCUCAGCGGCUCCAACAGCCUCGAGCGGGACCACGACAAGGACAGCCUCACGCCCGCCACCAAUACUAAUAGUCUCGAAGGUGCAUCUGACCGUAAAGCGUCCUCAAGCAGUUUGGAGCAGCUCCGUCGUCGUGCCGGCGAGGUGGGAGGCUCCCUCACUCGCAAGGGAUCCAUCGAGAGACGCGCGCCCACCCAUCAUGCAGACGACCUCGCCAACCAACUCGACUCAUUCAAACCCAUCGCUAUUACCGUCACUAGCUUCUUUAAACAGGAAACAGACAAACUCCGCGAUGAAGACCUGUACAAGUUCCUGGCUGAGAUAAAGCGGCCCAGCUCUGCGCCUAAGAAGCUCAAGUGCAUCCCCGGCACUUUGAAGAUUGAGGUGUCUCCUUGUCCUGAAGAGUUAAAGAAUGGACUCACGCCAGAGCUCGCGAAAUUACAUCCUUAUGGCGACGACAACGUGCGUCCGUGCAAGGAGAUCCUCCCGUUCCCGAGCCAGGCCCCGGCCGUGCCGCACUACCACUACCGCAGCCUGCUGUACCUGGCCGUCAAGGAGAUCAACCUCAACGCCUACACUAGCAGGACUGGAUCUGCGCGGAAUAUUACUGUCCGCAUCCAGUUGAUGUCAGGUGAGGGCGAGGGCUCCGCCCUGCCAGCUAUAUUCGGCCGCAGUUCCUGUCCAGAGUUCACCAACGAGGCGUACACCACCGUGCUCUACCAUAACAAGAACCCGUCUCUAUACGACGAGAUAAAGCUGAAGCUCCCAGCAGACCUGGGCGACCAACAUCAUCUACUGUUCACGUUCCUGCACGUCUCCUGUCAGAGGAAGCCAGUCGCGCCAGACCAGGAGAAGAACCUCGAGACUCCUGUUGGAUACUCUUGGCUCCCUCUAUGCCGUAACGGUAAGCUGACGUGCGGUGACUUCAGCCUCCCAGUAAUGUUGGAGGAGCCCCCGCCCAACUACUCGUACAUAUUCCCCGACGUACAACUGCCGGGGACGAGGUGGAUCGACAACCAUAAACCGAUAUUCAACAUCACGCUCGAUGCUCACACUACUGUACAUCCACUGGACGGGUACAUCGAGCGAUUUGCGAUGGCUUGCGAGGCAGUACAGGAAGGUAAUAUACCACCUCGUAUUGGACUCGCCAACAUGGAAGCCGAGCUGCGGGCCAGUAUAUCGGAGCUGCCGACGGCGAGCGUGGAGGCGGUGUCCCGCUACCUGGCGGUGCUGCUGGACAAGCUGCUGCACCUGCUGCUGGCGCCGCCCGCGCUGGCGGGACACGCGCUCAACAUCGCGCAGGACGUCUUCACCUGCCUCGCGCAUAUAUUCACCGAUAUAUCGAACAUGAACGAAGGUGCAACCUGUGACAACCACGGCCGCAGUAGUCUGAUCUCCACCUACAUCCAGUACCAGUGCACCAUCCCUCGACCCUCACUCACUGACAGAGACAUCGGUCUGCCACUGCCUCCUGCAGUGAUGACGGACGGGUCUUGUAAGAUCUUGCACGAGGAGCUAGCGUUGCAGUGGGUGGUGGCUUCCGGAUCCACCAGGGACCUCGCCAUGCAGAACUCUUGGGCCCUAUUCGAGCUGAUGGUGAAAUCGAUGGUAGAAUACUUGUACUGGAGCGGCGCUCACGAGGCGAGGCGCAAGGCUCGCUUCCCCGACCAGUUUACUGAUGACCUCACCACGCUCGUCAAUAACGUUACCACGGAGAUCAUCUCGAGAUACGGCAAGGAUAGUCGCCUCACCCAGAGCCUGAACAACAGCCUGGCAUUCUUCCUAUUUGAACUGCUAAGCAUAAUGGACCGCGGCUACGUCUUCAACCUGAUUCGAACCUACUACAAGCAGAUGUGCGCUAAGAUAGCCUCGCUGCCUGACGCUGUGCCCCUUGUUCACUAUAAGCUGGCGUUCCUGCGCAUCGUAUGUUCGCACGAGCACUACGUGUCGCUGAACCUGCCGGCGGGCGCGGGCGUGUCCCCGGCCGCGUCGGCGCAGUCGCUGGGCGCGCAGUCGCUGGGCGCGCAGUCGCUGGGCUCGCAGUCGAGCGCGCCGCCGCCGCACGCGCUCGGACACGAGUUCCGCUCGCGGCACUACCUGGCCGGCCUCCUGCUCACGGAGCUCACCAACGCUUUGGACUUGCAGUCUCCAGUCCUGCAGUGUGCAGCAGUGACAGGUGUACUAUCCCUCCUGACUGCCCAUGACGCAGACCCCCGACUGUCCGCGCCGGACGUGAAGGCUCGCGUGGCAGCGCUCUACCUGCCGCUACUAGGCAUCGCCAUGGAUGCUCAUCCACAGCUUUAUAGAGGAUUCUCUACUAACAAAGAGGUACUACAGCUGGACAGUGAAAUAGGACAGUUCAGCAAUUUGUAUACAGCGUCAUCUCCAGAGGGUGAUUUUAAACAGAGCGGGCGGGCGCCGUUCAACAGCGAGACGAGCCGCAACCUGGUGAUGUGCGUGGUGUGGGUGCUGAAGUGGGCCGAGCGCGCCGCGCUGGCCGCCACCGUGGCCGACCUCCCGCCGCACGCGCUGCACGCGCUGCUCGCGCUCAUCGACCUCGCCUUCCGCUGCCACGAGUACAAGGGUCGUAAAGAAAUACUGAAGUGCGCACAACAGAACGUGCGAAAGACGACGGACAUCAAGGCAAAACUGGAGGACGUUAUACUGGGACAGGGGUCCGCUCGGAACGACUUCAUCAUGAGGAGGAAAGGAGCGUGCCGCCGCGAGCGGUGGCGCAAGGAGCAGUGGCGGGGCGGCGGCCGCGCCGAGGGCGGCGCCCCGCCCGCGCCGCAGCCCGCGCUGGCCGCCGCGCUCGCCGCUGAGGUCUCGCUCACGCUGCUGCAGGCGCUGGAUACCAUUGUGCAGUCGUGUAGCAGCCUGGAGUGUGGACAGGCCGUAUGUACCGCGGCCCUGCAGGUAUUACUACGCGCACUGCAACGCAACCAGAGCGGCGCCGUGCUGCAACAUAUGUUCGCCACGCUCAGGGCGCUGAUAGUCAAGCUUGGUUGGUCGUGUUGCGGCGAGGAGUCAGGUAUCUGCCGCGUCCUGCUGCGGCACUGCGCCGCGCUGUCCGCGUGUACCAGGGCGCACGCCUCCGCCACGCUCUACGCACUCAUGCGACAACAUUACCAGCUUGGGAACAAUUUCAGCCGUGUAAAGAUGCAAGUGACGAUGUCCCUGUCCUCCCUGGUGGGCACGUCCACCACCUUCAGUGAGGAGUCGCUGCGACGAGCGCUGAAGACUAUACUCGUGUACGCUGAGCAUGACUCCGAUUUAGCUGAUACUACGUUCCCGGAACAGGUGAAAGACCUAGUAUUCAACCUGCAUAUGAUCCUAUCGGACACGGUGAAGAUGAAGGAGUUCCAGGAGGACCCGGAGAUGUUGCUGGACCUCAUGCAUCGUAUAGCGCGCGGGUACCAACAUAGCCCAGACCUCAGACUUACAUGGCUCAAUAAUAUGGCACAGAAACAUAUGGAG